AUGACUAAAAGCUCCGGUAAAUGCGGCUGCACUAAAUGCGCCAGACGCAGAAAGCGCAAGAAGGAGGUUAAGUCAGUUAUUACCGAAGAAAUGGCGUACCAGCAUCAGAAUAAAAUGGCGCCCACUGUGGAAGAAAAUAAAACAAAUUUAGAAACUGGACAGGUUAAUAACCUUAAUGAAGAAGAGUACAGCCACCUUGGGGAUUACAGAAAAUUGCAACAAACGGACUUAACCGAGCGAGCCUGGUGGACUGACAUGACUCAUCGGGUGUACAUGCCUCCGCUGAUGCUGCAGAAGCCGUCUUCCAAGCCAACUAGGUCCGAGUGUUCAUCAGCAACUUCCGGCUUCAGAUCUGCCCGACCAGAAACACCCGAUCCGCCUUCAAGUUCAUCUUCCUUAAUUUCUGACGCUUCAGAGUACAAGUAAUCUGAAAGAAGAAAUAA